UUUCCCAGGAUCAAAUUUCGAGAAGGCACCCGAUUAAGGAUGGCCGAUAGCCCUCCACUUUGCGAGCCAACGGCUUUGCAAGAACUUAAUGGCGACUUCAAAAAGCCAGCCCUGCCGAUGCCCCCGGCGGUGCGGGGCAAGUUCCCGGCCCCUAAUCCUUCAAACCCUGAGGAGGUGAAGGAGAAGCCUGCGGCGCCGCUGGACCCCCAUUCUGGGGAGCCUAACGUCCCGCCGGCCGGGCCGGACAGCGUGGAGGCUAGGAGUCCACCGGAGGAGCAGCCGCGGCCCCCCACAGCGGCUCCUGCCCCCGGCUGCCCGGCCCGGGGUCCCCCUUACCGAGAGCCGAUGUGGGGUGGCCCCGCCACGGCCCCCUACAGCCUAGAGACCCUGAAAGGCGGUACCAUCCUUGGCACACGUAGCUUGAAAGGGACGAGUUGCUGCUUUUUCGGGAGGCUGCCUAGCUGCGAUGUGUGCCUGGAGCACCCUUCGGUGUCUCGGUACCACGCCGUGCUGCAGCACGGAGCGUCCGGCCCCGACGGAGAAUGCGACGGCCGCGGGCCUGGCUUCUAUCUCUACGAUCUGGGAAGCAUCCACGGCACUUUUCUCAACAAAACCCGCGUUCCACCCCGCACCUAUUGCCGGGUCCACGUAGGGCAUGUUCUUCGCUUUGGUGGCAGCACCCGGCUCUUUCUUCUUCAGGGACCAGAGGAAGACCGAGAGGCAGAAUCCGAGUUGACAGUAACGCAAUUGAAGGAAUUGCGCAAGAAGCAACAAAUGAUGUUGGAGAAGAAGAUGCUGGGAGACGACUCAGAUGAAGAGGAGGAAACAGAUACCACUGAAGGAAAGAGAAAUGCUAGUAGUCAAGAUGAUGAAAUGGGCUGCACCUGGGGAAUGGGAGAAGAUGCUGUAGAGGAUGAGGCUGAAGAGAACCCCAUUGUCUUAGAAUUCCAGCAGGAAAGGGAGGCCUUUUAUAUAAAGGAUCCAAAAAAGGCUCUCCAAGGUUUUUUUGACCGAGAAGGAGAAGAAUUAGAAUAUGAAUUUGAUGAACAGGGACAUAGCACUUGGCUCUGUAGGGUGAGAUUACCUGUGGAUGAUUCAACCGGGAAACAACUGGUGGCUGAGGCCAUUCACUCAGGAAAGAAAAAAGAAGCAAUGAUCCAGUGCUCACUGGAAGCUUGUCGGAUCCUUGAUACUCUGGGAUUGCUGCGGCAGGAGGCAGGUGAGCAUGGGGAAUACGUUUUCCUUAAAAAAAAAAAAAAAAAAAAAAAAAUUGAAGGAAAUUUUAAUAUAAAAGAUAAUAAAAUCUCUGUUGCAAAGUUAAAUGAUGCUGAGAGGGAGCUCUCUGAAAUUUCUGAGAGACUAAAGGCCUCAAGCAGAGCUCUAUCCGAGUCACCAUCUCAAGACUCUUUAGAUGCGUUCAUGUCAGAAAUGAAAUCAGGGAGUGCCUUAGAUGGUGUGUCCCGGAAGAAACUUCACCUGAGAACUUUUGAACUGAGGAAAGAACAACAGAGACUUAAAGGGCUGAUAAAAAUUGUCAAGCCAGCAGAGAUUCCGGAACUAAAAAAGACUGAAACUCAGACUACAGAUGCAGAAAACAAAGCUAAAAAGCUUACCUUGCCUCUUUUUGGUGCUAUGAAAGGAGGAAGCAAAUUCAAAUUAAAAACUGGAACAGUAGGGAAGUUGCCCCCCAAGCGUCCUGAACUCCCUCCAACUCUAAUGAGAAUGAAGGAUGAGCCUGAAGUAGAAGAGGAGGAGGAAGAGGAAGAGGAAGAGGAGAAAGAAAAGGAGGAGCAGGAAAAGAAGAAAAUGGAGACUGGAAGCAGUUGGUCACAGCAGGAGAGAGAGCCAGAAGAAGCAGUGCAGGAAAUGAGUCCUCCCACGGACGUCACAUGCUCUAAAGAAACAAAACACCAUGAAAACACAUCUCAACUCAGCCAAGUGGAGCAGAGUAAAGAUUAUCGUGAGAUCAGUGAAGCAGCUGCGUCAUCAUGUGAGGAACCCUCAGCAUCAAAGAAUGAAUAUGAGAAAAGCAGAGAUGAAUUGAAGAAAAAGAAAGUUCCUGGUCCAGGCAAACUUCCAUCAACACUCUCCUCCAAAUAUCCAGAAGAUGACCCAGACUACUGUGUGUGGGUCCCCCCUGAAGGCCAAAGUGGAGAUGGCAGGACCCAUCUUAAUGACAAGUAUGGCUAUUGAUUGCUUCAGAAUCCUAAAGGAAGACCUUGUGGACCAUGUGACAUGGGAUAUUUAGGAUAAUAUAUCAAGUUGAAUGUCCAGAGGAGUUCAGAUGAUCAUUUCUAAAAUCUGGUGACUGCCUUUUCUUCCAUACUCUUGGCUUCCUAAAUUUAUCUGUCCAUCUGAUUCUCUUGAAUUUGAUAUUUUGCUUAAAAGUGUUUGUGUAUGUAUGUAAAAAGUAACCGUAUAUUUUGUGAAUUAGUAAAGUGAGAGAUGACUGUUAAAAUGAGAAGG